CGUUCACUGUACCAUAGGAAAUUGCAGGAUGCUAAGCAGAAACGUAACAAGGAUUGAUAUUUUCCAUCAAAUCAAGAGAGCAAAUAGCAUAAAUAAAAUAGAUUGUUUAUACUAGGAAAUUUUGUGUAGUUUCUGUGUGAUCUGGAUUUACUGAAAAUAUUUAUUUUUUUGUUUAGGCUAAUUCAUAAAAAAAAAUAUUUAGCCUUUCAUUUUAUUUUGAAAUUACGUGAACGAAUCGCUCCGCAGCGUCUGAAGUGACGGAAAGACACUCCAGAAGUUAAAAGAACACGACGCUACGAGGGAGCCAGUGUGCAAGCCUUUGUUUUCUUCAUCACGUUAUGCCUCAAGUGUUCCUUCAUAUCAGGUGAUAAGGUCCUGUUUUCACAUCACCAAUAAUUUUAUACCAUUGAUAAUAGAUCAUUAGGCCUAAACAAGUACAAUAAAUAAAUGCAUUGGCAUAGGCAAACAUGAAUAACGUGUAUAGGUCUAAACAUUAAGCUUUACUCAAACGUAGCAAUAGAGCUAACAGCACAUGCUUGACCUAUAGCCUACAUUAAAAUUUUGCUUAAUGAAUGCUUGAUUAAAGAACAUAGAUUCAGAAUUCACAAUGCUAAAAUAAUAAAAAUGGAAACAAGGGCAAAAACUCAGGCAGGCAAAGAAUUGUUUAUGUCCCUUACACAUCCUGAGAUAUGGAAGAAAGAAGUAAGACUAGAUUAACAAAAGUUAAUUAUAAAAUGUCAAAAUUGUUUAUUGAUUCAUAAAUUAAGGGUUCUUCUAAGGUAAGCAUACCCCAUGGAUUUAUUAAAAUUACUCCUGCUAGAUUUAUGUUCACAUCCGGGGCUGAACCGCGCAUGCGUUUCACAGCCUUUUGCGCUCCUCCUGAAUGGUCCUCCCAUGUACUUCCAUGAGUCCCCCUCGUGUUUAAUUAUUUAUGGGCUGGUGUAUUAUAGUGUUAUGUGUACUUUAGAGACUUUGGAGCCUUCUCUUUGACUCGCACCUUGAUUAGGAGUAGCUUGGAUUAAAAGGUUGAAGAAAGUUUAAGUUUUGAAGAUUUGAUUUGACUGAGGCAAUGUACAGCUCAAUUCAGAAGAGUCUACGUGUUGCGUCAAAAAAAGCUCAGCUGCUCAAAAGCAUCAAAACACACGUGCCACGAGCUUACAAGACUCACGCUGCCACUGUUAACCUGCUGGACCACUGUUUAGAACUGCAUUACAAUGGAACCAGUAUGCAUUUUAACUUCGUGUGGCUGCGGGAUCACUGUCGCUCAGAGUCCUCGUUCAAUGCAAAAACAAACCAGAGGAGCCUUGACUCAGCAAGUAUUGACCUCAGUAUUCGCCCCGUUAGUACCAAAGUGGAGGAUGGCCAUCUGCUUCUUAAAUGGCCAGAUGAUCAUGUGACGAUGUACGACCUGAGCUGGCUCUCUGAGAACAGCUAUGAAGGAAAGAGAAUAAGCACUGUGCAGCCCCGUGUGCUGUGGGACUCUGACACAUACAACAAAGCCAACGUGUCUCCCGCCAAAUGGGACAAGUUCAUGAGCUGUGACAUUGAACUGAAGCGCUUCUUACAGAAUUACCUCCUGUUUGGGAUUGCAUUUGUACAGGAUGUCCCAGCUACAGUGGAAGCCACAGAGGCAGUUACACAGAGGGUCAGUCUCAUCAGAGAGACCAUCUAUGGACGAAUGUGGUGCUUUACAUCUGACUUUUCCCGUGGAGACACUGCAUACAGCCAGCUGGCCCUAGACCGCCACACUGAUACCUCCUACUUACAGGAACCUUGUGGGAUUCAGGUUUUCCAUUGUCUGAAACAUCAGGGAACAGGCGGACGGACAUUACUGGUGGAUGGCUUUAACGCGGCUGAAAAACUUCGCGAGCGUUCACCAGACAAUUUUGAACUUCUCACACAAAUUCCCAUCAAACACGAUUAUGUUGAAAAUACUGGUGAGCACAGAAACUACCUAAGAGGCAUUGGACCACUGCUGGAAGUCUACCCUUGGAACAAAGAGCUGUACAUGAUCAGGUACAAUAACUAUGACAGAUCAGUGAUAAACACCAUCCCUCACAAUGUGGUCCAGAGCUGGUACGUCGCACACAGAGACCUGACCACUGAACUGAGGCGACCGCAGAAUGAGCUGUGGGUCAAACUCAACCCAGGAACUGUUAUAUUUAUUGACAACUGGCGUGUAAUGCACGGGAGGGAGUCUUUCACUGGUUUGAGGCAGCUGUGUGGGUGUUACCUGACCAGAGACGAUGUGCUCAGCAAAGCGCGGGGAUUUGGACUGCAGACCUAAACCUGACCAGUGCCUCCUCGCAACACAACAGGACUGCUUAGGAAAUUAAUUCACUGCUUAAUUCAUGGACAUUUUACAAACUGAUUUUGAUUUUGCAAUCUCACUAAUAUAACCAGUUAUAUAAAAUAAAAGUGUAUAUUUUACUAA